AUGAUGUUGAAACAGACAAAUUCGAUCGAUAACCGUCAGCGUAGAGUUUUCAUCGCAUCAGCCGCAUGUACCUCUGAAAAAGAAAUCGAUAAACCAAUAAUCAAUAAGGAAAAGACAGAGGAUGAAGGGCCAGAUGACGAGAGUGAUGACGAAGAUGACAGCGACGAUGACCUAGAAUCUUUCGAGCAUCACAUCGCCAUGUUGGCCUCAUCCAGUAAUUCGCGAUUCCCAGCAGCGUGCAGCUCAUCGAGUUCUGGUGUUAGUAGUCUCCGAUUGAAUAGUCUCCUGCGAUUAAGCAGUCAAUCUUGUCGGUCGUCCAUGAGUUCGAAUGAGACUCUGAGUUGCUUAUCAAAAUCUCCGUACUCCUUUGUGCCCUCUCCAGCACUUCAAGAGUCCAUGACCACCAAAAUGCGACCGUCAACCUCAGAGGCUUUGGAAAACGCCUUUAAGGGAAUUGUGGAGGACGAUAACGAAGUCAGUCAAGAUUCCAUGCAAACCACUUCAACCUCUUCGGAGGAUUUCUGGUCUCAAGUAGAGUUCUAA